CUUAGACUUUGUACCGUGUCUGUUGGCACUGUUUCGACACUGUCCUCCCGUGCCAGAGCGACGCCAAAUGCGCAACCCAAACUUCGCGCCUAUUCCGCCUUCGGGCCCUUGACCUCGCCCAGAUCACAACUCUUAAAUCCACCCCAACGCUGAGCCAUUGAGUGCUGGCUAGGACCGGCAACUCUUCUCUACAAUGGCAUCCAUCUGCAUGCGAUCCUGCCGCGUGCAGUCCGCCCUCCAAACCGCCAGAAAUCCUGCCGUCGUCCGUCCCAGACUCCCUAGCAACAUCCCUCGACGUCAUGCCUCUACCGGCACCGGCUCCUCGACAGAAUCCCAGGCCGGCUCGGGUCUGAAGACUGGCCUGUACAGCAUUGCCCUCGCCGGGUCCCUCUACGUCUCCUAUCUCUAUGUCACCGACACCAGAGCCUCGAUCCACGGAUUGGCGCCCAUCUUGAUGCGCUUUGCCUGGAGCGACGCUGAGGACGCCCACCACGCCGGCACUGGCAUGAUGAAGACCCUCUACGAUCUUGGCCUUCACAUCCGCGAGCGCGACAGAACCCUCGCCGAACAUCCUGCUCUGGCGACCGAAGUCUACGGUAUGAAGCUCGCCAACCCCAUUGGCAUCAGCGCCGGUCUCGAUAAGCACGCCGACAUCCCUGACGCCCUCUUCGCCCUCGGUGCCGGCAUCGUCGAGGUCGGUGGCUGCACGCCCCGCCCGCAGGACGGCAACCCCCGCCCUCGCGUAUUCCGCGUUCCGAGUCUCGACGGCAUGAUCAACCGAUACGGUCUCAACUCGCGGGGUGCCGAUAGCAUGGCUAUCACACUGAGGGAGCGCGUCCGCAAGUUCGCUCGCAAGGUUGGCGCGACGGAGCAGGAAGUUCUGGAUGGCGAUGCUGGUGUUCCUGCUGGCAGUUUGCUCCCCGGCAGACUGCUGGCUGUGCAGAUUGCCAAGAACAAGGAGACGGACCAAAAGGAUGUCAAUGCCGUCGCUCAGGACUACGUCUACUGCGUGCAGCGUCUUGCUAGGUAUGCCGAUAUCCUGGUGGUCAACGUCAGCAGCCCCAACACCCCUGGCCUCCGCGAUUUGCAGGCAACGGAACCUUUGACGAGGUUGUUGAGCGCUGUCGUUCAGGAGGCUCGCAAGGUGGACCGCAAGGUUCCCCCCAAGGUCAUGGUCAAGGUUUCCCCUGACGAGGAGGAGGAUACCCAGCUCGAGGGCAUCGUCCAGGCCGUCUGUAGCAGCGGUGUCGACGGCGUCAUCGUGGGCAACACCACCAACCGUCGCACUGGCAUCGUUCCCCAGGGCAUCAAGCUUACCGCCAAGGAGCAGAAGGCUCUGCAGGAGACAGGCGGAUACUCGGGACCUGCCAUGUACAGCAGGACUCUGGAUUUGGUCGGAAGAUAUCGCAAGAAGCUCGAUGCCCAGACCCUUCAGACCGGCUCGGCCGAGGAGGCGGCCGCCAUUCCUGACGUAGACGGCUCCCUCUCCGGCAAGCUUCACGAUCUGAUUGAGGGUAAGGAUACCCCGAGAAAGGUCAUCUUCGCGACGGGCGGCAUCACAAAUGGAGAGCAGGCGCUCAAGAUUCUCAACGCGGGCGCCAGCGUGGCCAUGGUGUACACUGGCUUGACGUACGGCGGACCGGGAAUAAUUACAAAGAUAAAAAGGGAGAUCAAGGACCAGGCGUAGAAUACCAAGUUAGUAAAUAGAAGAUUGACUGCUCAGUGCGGGAUCAUAUGGCCGCUCACAUCUGCCGUCGCCGUGGUAAGAUCGGCUAGAUCCACCUUGCAGACUCCGAGGUAUCUGGGGAAAUCACAAUGGAGGAAACCAUUGUGGGGAUUCGACCAUCGAAGCCCCGUCCUCUCUCAUACCACAAGCACCCGUAUAAUCACUCAUUGUAAGCCACCUUUAAUAGCACGAGC